CCAAAUUGCUACCUUUGAACCAUUCCCCAUGGCCCCCCAACUUACAGAACUUCUCUCUCGCAGCAGCCAUCUACCCGCUCACUACAUUAGACCUAUAUCUGAUCGUCCAAAUCUCCUCGAUGCCCAUACAUCGGAUGUCUCCAUUCCUCUCAUUGACCUUGGAGGACUCAGCGGUCCCGAUCGGCCAAAAAUUGUCCAAGCCAUUGGUCUAGCAUGCCAAACGGAUGGUUUCUUUCAAGUCAAGAGCCAUGGGAUACCUCAACACGUGAUAGAAGACAUGCUGCAUGUUGCCAAGGAGUUUUUUCAGCUUCCUGAAUCCGAGAAACUCAGAAACUAUUCGGACGAUCCGUUGAAAACCACCCGUCUUUCUACCAGUUUCAACGUCAAAAGGGAGAAGGUUUCGAAUUGGAGAGAUUAUCUGAGACUCCAUUGCUACCCGUUGGAGGAAUUCAUAGAUGAAUGGCCCACUAAUCCUCCAUCAUUCAGGAGAAUUGUUAGUGAGUACAGCACAAAUGCUAGAGAUUUGGCUAUAAGGCUAUUGGAAGCGAUUUCAGAGAGCCUUGGGCUAGAGAAGGAUUACAUAGAGAAGGAAUUGGGCAAGCAGGCACAACACAUGGCCGUUAAUUACUAUCCACGGUGCCCGCAGCCGGAGCUAACGUAUGGAUUACCGGGCCAUACGGACCCCAAUGCACUGACAGUUCUGCUUCAAGACCAGGUCUCUGGCUUGCAGGCGCUCAGAAACGGCAAAUGGGUUUCCGUCAAUCCCAUCCCUGAUACAUUUGUCGUGAACAUCGGUGAUCAGAUACAGGUGCUUAGCAAUGGGCGUUACAAGAGCGUGCUUCACAGAGCGGUUGUUAACAACAAUGUCGAAAGGAUUUCAAUUCCAUCAUUCUACUGCCCAUCUUCAGAUGCCAUGAUUGGGCCCGCCGAGAAACUGAUGGACGAUCAACACCCUGCAAUCUACAGAAGAUUCACCUAUGAAGAAUACUACAAGAAGUUUUGGGAUCAUGGGCUCCAAACUGAGAGUUGCUUAGAGCUGUUUAGGGCUUAUUAGUGGUUAAUAUGUGGUCUAUAUUUCGAGUGUCCUGUCUAAAGUUGAAGUCAUGUCAUAUUCUCUUUUUAAUUCAUCAUGUAAGGAUGUGGCUUUCCCGUAGAAUAUCCUGUAACCAAGGGCUCUAUGGGACCUACCACAAUAUUUUGUGAUAUCCACUCUGUUCACCAGUUUCACCCUGCUCAUGUUUGGAUGAGAAACCAAAAAUGAGGCCGAUACAGAACUUAGCUGGGCGCAGUGUGUUGAUGCCAUCUUAAUCACCGUGAUAUUUGGGUUUUCCCUUCAUCUUCGUGAGGUUUAGAUUGUAUCAACAUGC